AUGGCUGAAAUUACCAAAUCUAACAAUCUAGAUUGUUUUCGGUAUUUGACAAAAACGAACUUAAGUCCUCAAGGGGCUAACCAUCGAACAUCAGAAACUUCGACACCAACUAGCCAAACAACAUGCCCGAUCUUGAGCCAGGGAGAGGUUUCUACAAGAGCGAGUGCCCCCAGUUCUAGCAGUGCAACUCAGGGAAUUUCCAUGCUUGUUGUUGAGAACAGUACAGUUGGAAGAACAAUCAUGCAAGUCCUCAGAAGUGAUGAUGAAACUUGCAAGCCGAUUGUGGCAGAAUUGGAACAACUACUGACAGUACUGGAAACUCCAGGUUCCAAAGUUUUGCAGAAUUUGGGCCUACUUUUCAAGAUAAAGAGUUUGAUUCAACAAAUCUCUGAGAUCAAGCCUUUUCUUGCCUCAUCGGGUCAGUUUCUGGUGCGGUGGUUAGACGAGAUUUUGGACAAAGUUGCCGUGGUCCAAAAAGUGCCUAAUCAAUCACCUGAUGAUCUUGCUGUGGUUGCAUUUGGAUGA